GUUAAACUGAGACUGUGAGAGAAACAGCCGACCACCACCAUCAUCAUCAUCAUGACCACAAGUGACCCGGUCUGUGUCUGUCCUCCUGCGGAGUGUGUGGGACAGUCUGCCGGACGGAGGACUGGACGAGGACAGGAGGAUCAGAAUGUCUGUCGUCUGGAUUGUGUGUGUGUGUUGGCUCAUGUGUCAGAUGUCCAUCACUGCGUCGCAGCACUGGAGGAGAGCUCUUUACCCCUCAGCCUUCAGAGUGAAGCGAGGGACGCCGGCACUCAUCAACCCGUCCUUUCAGAAAACUGUAGAGGACGCCGGCCUUCUCUAUGAGGUGUUGUUGUCCGGCGGCUUCAUGGACGCGGUGCGCGGGACGCUGCAUGUGCCAGAUGCGGAGCUGUCCUCCAUGCGGCGGCUGCAGGUUCUGGAGGUCCUGUGUGAGGAUGUUCUUCCCAGAAGCCUCUCUGAGAUCCUGCGGGUCAGUGCGGGUCUGGAGCAGCGGCACGGGACUCUACGUCUGGAGGACUUCGAGCGCACCGUCCUCACACUGGUGUUCACCGCACAGCAGAUCCAGCAGAAACACACAGACACACAGAGAGAGAUCUGGAGUAACACACUCAUCAGACUCUACCAGGCAGUUAAAGCAGACUUGCAGCAUGCACACUCAUAAACACACACACACACACACACUGCUGUGCUUAUGAUAGAUAAAUACACACACGGACAGACAGAGACAGAUAAAUACACACAGAAAGAUAAAUGCACACACAGAUAAUGUAAGUACACACACAGAUAAGUACUCACAGAUAUCGUAAACACACACACACACACACACACACACACAUACUUUUUUAUUGAUUUAGUUUAAAAAAACAACACCCAAGUACCUUUUAUGUUUAUUUUGUGGCAAUUGUAAUAUAUAGUAAUUAUUUUUAGAGAGAUGAAACAAGUUUUGGAGCGCUGCAGCUCAAUACUCAUGCAGAUUUGUCUGAGGGUUCACCUUCACUAUGGCAGGUGUUGUUGUUGGCAUUAGUGUGCGUUGAAUGUGAUCUGCUGUCUGUCAGAUAAUGGAGAUCCUCAUAUCAUCAUCAUUAUCACGUCCUUGACCAGAUAUAUUCCCACAGCACAUCAAACCUGCUCCUCCAGACUCACUCUAUAUGAGAAAAUAAUAUGAUAUGACUGACAUUACAGUGCACAGCCUCUGUCAGCAUCUAUAGCAGAAACACUAUAGUCAAUACUGUGCUGUUUGUGUAUGGUAAACUCUAGAUAGGAUACAGCUGUGGGUACAUUCAAUUCAAGUUCAAUUGUAUAUAGUGCUUUUUACAAUAAUUAUUGUUUUAAAAUAGCCUUACAAGAGAUGCACAUUACAGCAUUACAAUCAAAAUAAGUGAAAGUUACAAUCAAAUAUAAGUUAUUACAUAUAAACAUAGUUAACAUGCAGCUUUAUAGCAUAUAAGUGAUGUCUGUGUGUACGUGUUUAAUGACAACAUCAAUAUUGCAUACUUUUUGUGACUCUGUACAACAGUAAGUGAUAUUUGUACGUUACCGUGAGAGUAGAGUUUGGGGUAGGUGUUAAUAAAAUACUAUUUAAUAGGUAAUAAAUAAAUCAUACUUGUUAACUUCUAGCCACAGCUGUAUCCCUUCUAGCAGCAACAUUUGUGAACCAUUCUAUAAAGUACUUGAAUUAAUCUGUUGUGGUGGUUCUACAUUUGCUAUGGUAACACAACAACUAUAGUCAUAAAUCUGUUGUGGUGAUUCUGCAGUUGUUAUGGUAACACAUUAAAUAUAGUUAUUUGUUCUGUUGUGAUUCUGGAGUUGCUAUGGUAACACAACAACUAUAGUCAUCAAUCUGUUGUGGUGAUUCUGCAGUUGUUAUGGUAACACAUUAAAUAUAGUUAUUAAUCUGUUGUAGUGAUUCUGGAGUUGCUAUGGUAACACAAUAACUAUAGUCAUUAUUCUGUUAUGGUGAUUCAUUCUACAGUUGCUAUGGUAACACAACAACUAUAGUCAUAAAUCUGUUGUGGUGAUUCUGCAGUUGUUAUGGUAACACAUUAAAUAUAGUUAUUUGUUC